CUUUUGUCCAAAACAAACCGGGUACUUCUUGUACUGCUGUUCGUCUGACUGUUGUCUCUUCUGCUCUGACCGCUUUAGUUUUCAUCUGUGCAGAUUAAAGUGAAGCGAUUCCCUCUGACAUGUUUGCCACAGCUACCAGAAACUUCGUGGAGGAGGUGGAUCCUGGAGGUCUACUGAUCCCAGUGUCCAGCCUCAACGACACCGUGACUCUGCUGACGGUGGUGGUGAAGCGAAAACGUGUCUGGUUCUGGAGGAAAUCCAAGUACAUUCCCACUGAUUUUAACCUCAAUGAUCUACUGACAGGAGACACUCCCAUAACACCUGUUGUCAUUGAGUCUGACUUCAUUACAUACAAUGGGUCAUAUGGUGACAACAUCCAGGGAACCAUAGGUGCACAGUUUGUCCACACUAAUGUCAACCUGGAAGGAAAAGACUCCUCCAAACUGCAGUCAUCAUUUGGUAGUUUGAAAAAAGAGGAAGUGGACGUGCAGAAGCUGCUAAAAGCAUCUAAAGAAAGGGUCCUGGACAUGUCCCACUGUUUAAUCCAGCAGACCAAGGAGAAACAUCGAAGGACAUUUGGCAUUGUGAAGGAAUGUAUUGUGACCACUCAGCCCUGUUCGGUCAUAGAGGAUGUACAACAGGGUGGACAGUGUGGAGGGCUGCUGAGCCUCUGUGGACCCGCAAACCCAAAGUUUUCACUGAAGGAGAACAGCAGCCUGGGAAAAGACAGUAAUGUUACCAUGGAGAUUCCCCCGCACACAACCAUUGCCUAUACCGUCAUAGAGCUAGAGGUCAAACAUGAUGGACGAUACGAUCUGUGUCUGACGUCUGAUACCACUGGAGGAUUUGAAGUAGAUGGUUCUGCUAAAGCACUGCUGUGUACUGGGGAUGCUCCUUCACAGGCAUCUGAAAACACCCUCCUUACACAAGAGUUGGAGAAACUGAGCCAUUAUUUCCAGUUGCUGUCAGAUCUUCCUGCCUCAACAAAGUCCUCUCUGCUCCAGCAAAUCACCAAGGUUAUAGUGGACCGAGCAGCCAUCACUUCACUUGAGAACAUGCUGCACCAGAUGUGUCUGAAUGAGAGUCCUGCCAAGGGCGAAGUUAAAGCAGAGUCUCACAACCAGGACAUCCAGGCCCUUCUGGAGGCUCUGGUGCUGUCUGGUGAUGCAGGGCAGUCUGCGUCAACCCUCAAAGCCCUUCACCUCAUUGUCAGCGCUUUAGAUGAGAUGACAAACACUUGUCUUACUUUGUUGGGAAUGUGCUGCAGUCCCACAGUAUUAAAGACCCUGGAAUUGCUGGUGCAGCAUGUAUCGGGUAGCAGAGAAUUACCUCAGAGCGGUGCAGGUCUGGCUGCUCUGACAGGAGACGUCUAUGAGAAGACUCAACAUCUGUUUGCAUCCUCUAAUUUGUCCCUGAAGAGAGACGGGGACACCCUGAGGACAGAAAUAGAGCAUCAGGCAGGAAACCUUCCUCUGGUCCUCUGCAUCGCCAUCAGAGGCCUCGCCGCAUUGGUGCACACUGUUUGAACCGAUCACACUUUCAUAUCCCACAGGAACAAGUGUCAGUUCACAGUGUUUUUUACUUUCUUGGUGCAGUAGAUUUUCUCUUUAACACUGGUGUAUUUUACUGAAGUGUAAAGUUGUGUGUAGAGCCAAUCUGAUGUUUCAGACAAUCAGUCACAAUGUUAAUCAGUCCAUUCAGGUGCUUAAUAGGCUUUGGUUAAUUAUGAAAGACGUUUUCUCUGUUUAAUGAGAUUUUACUGAACAAGCAGGUAUUUUGUAGUUUUUAAAUACAAAAUAACCAUUACCAUCCUUUCAAAAUGUUUAAUCAUUGAUGUAGGACUCAAUGUGUAAAGAUGAUAAUUUAAUGACUUAAAUGGAUUACAAAGUUCUCAGAGUAGAAAUGAAAGAAAGCAGAUUUAAUGAUCUGGUUGUUUUAGUCUUUUGUGUUCAGACUGGCAUGGGUUAAUGCUCCUUGUCUCAAAGUAAUCUGCACUUAAGGUAGUAGAUUCUGAGUAGAUAAUUGCACUUUUUGACCUUAACUGUUCAACUAGUCUACCCUUACAUCCUCUAAUCGCUUUUCAGUUCUCUUUCACAUGCAAAUAUUUAUGUAUGGAUAAAUGAAUUCAGGAGUUUUACUAUGCAACUACUGACCUCAGUCUGACAAAAACUGAACAAAAAGGAUUUAGACAUGCAAAGAUGUCCUUUGAUUUUGUUUUGUUUGUAGAAUUUCUGUGGAGUCUUUCAAUUAUGUAAACCUGUCACUGAGCAUAGUAAGAUGACGUGCAACCUUUUGUAUCUGCAUCUGUUAUGUACGGUUGUAUUAAAAUAAUCAGAA